CUGCAGCGGGCGCAUCUUGCACUUUAGCAGUUGUGUAGAAUGACAGUGGCUGCAUGGAGAUCGCACGUCACAUCCACUCGGUUAUUUACAUGAACAAACAAACUCCGGCGCAUCUCAUUUCAUUCCGCCAAAGUCUCCGUUCUGGCCGUCGGAGGCAGUCCGGGCGAAAUCCGACUCGACCGUUCGUCUCGGACGGCCGAACUCGACCUGGCCGGCCAUUUUCGCGACGAUCCGAGACCGGCGUCGUGUCGAUUGGCGCAUUACAGACAGACAGAUAUUCCUAUCCAGACAGACGGAAGCGUGGGUUGGCGUAUUAUAGGACGGUGUACUCUGUUUGGGCAAAAACGAGUCACCUAGCCCCAAGUGUUGUGAUGAGAGCCCUUUUGGCAGAAACAACAACUCGUUACGUCGACGUCAUUCUACCUGAAAGUUACGGCAGUCAGAAUACGCGGUAGAUAGAGUACGCGGGCAAGCAAUUCAUGACGUCGACUUGCAACUUGUUAGCAAGCAAAUCCGCGCUUACAGCUUUUUGUUCUGUGAGUGGGCGUCUGCGUGAGCUCAUACAUGAUUGGUAAUAAACGGAGAAAACGGUCAAGAGCACCACCGACAUACAGUUGGAUGAUGAUAAUCACAAUGAUUCCGAAUCGACCAAUUGGGAUUUUGCUGCUAUUGUUGAUGUUUGUCACACACGUCGCUUCGCGUGGAGUGAAAGGUGACAGCAGUGAAGACAGCGUGACUGUUGCACAAAUCAAUGUGCAAGUUUCCCUUAGAGGGAAUAGUACGUCAAAUGGUUUGAUGUCGAGAAAAAUGGUGGGAAUGAAAGGAGAGAAAGGAGACCGUGGGAAAGCAGGUCCGCCUGGAAGACCAGCACCAGAGAACAAAUGCUACUGCAACUGCUGUUCGCGGCUGGAGGAGAUAGAAGAAAAACUAUCAAAUGUGACUGCAAUAGUCAAUCAGUUGCAGUCACAGAAGGCAGGGAAUGAAACAGAAAGCACAAGUAAGAAAAACGGACGUUACACAAGUUGUCAAGAGGCUAAACAGUUAGGAAAACUGCUGAGUGGCGUGUACACUUUAGACCUUGGAGAUGGAUUGGACUCGUUUCAAGUGUACUGUGAUAUGUCGACAGACGGUGGUGGCUGGACAGUGUUUCAGAGACGCCAGGACGGUUCUGUUGACUUCUACCGCGGCUGGUCUGACUAUGAAAACGGAUUUGGAGACUUGAACGGAGAAUUCUGGUUGGGAUUAGACAAAAUACACAGAUUGACAAAACAAGCAAAGAUUCUUCUUCGUGUAGACCUGAUGGAUUUUGACGACAGUCGAGUUUAUGCCAAAUACAAAGGAUUCAAAAUAGGAGACAAAAACAGUAAGUACUUGCUGAGCUACGAAUCUUACAACGGGAACGCAGGAGAUUCAUUGAGUAAGCACAAAGGAAUGAAAUUUACCACUAAAGACGCUGACAACGACCCUUCAUACGACAACAACGAUGGGUCAAGUGGCAAUUGUGCUGUUGACUGGAAGGGAGCAUGGUGGUACCAGUGGUGUCAUUCAUCUAACUUGAAUGGUCUGUACUUAAAAAAUGAAAAGUCUACUAACAACCGUGGGAUCGUUUGGUCUACUUGGCAGGACGGUAUUCCUCUCAAAUUCACAGAAAUGAAAUUGAGUGUUAGUUCUUAAAUGACAUCUGCUUCUUAAUUGCGUGUUAGUUCGUAAAUACCAUCACUUACAAAGCGUUUACGCUGACUCAAUACAUUAAUAUUAGCACAGAACGCACGAUACUGUAGUCGUGUUGCAACAGCAUUAGAAAAAAUACUCGUUUGUGUUUACGACUGCUACAAAUGUGUUAAGGAUUUGAUUCAUAAUUAACAGCAAGAUUGGACGUU